AUGCCCUUCAAGACUUUUCUCCCUCUCUUCCCCAGGGUCAUCCCUGGCUCAAGGUAUCUUCUGUGGACACCAUGUAGCUGGGUAUCUCUCUUCUUGCUUCUGCUGAGUGGGCAACUUCACCUGGUGCCCUGUGGUACCCUCAGGAUCUGCGCCUUCAAUAUCCAGAGCUUUGGGGAGGCUAAGGCCAGCCGGCCCGAGGUCAUGAGUGUACUGGUCCAGGUUCUUUCCCGAUGUGACAUCUGUCUGGUACAGGAGGUCCGUGAUAGCAAAGGCACAGCCAUGUCACUUCUCCUCCAGGAACUCAACAGGGCUGACCCUGGCCACCGAUAUGAGGCCUUAGAAAGUCGACGCCUGGGACUGGGAAGCUACAAGGAGCAGAAUGUCUUUGUCUACAGAGCAGAUGUAGUUUCCAUCAUGGACUCGUACCAGGUUCCAGAGGCCGAGCCAGGUCAGGCAGAAUCUUUCCUUCGGGGACCCUUUGUUGCCCGUUUCUGCUGGCCAAAUUCAGGUACCUGCAAUUUGGUGCUAAUAUCUCACCAUGCCUGCCCCCGAAAUGCACGCCGAGAGAUUGAUCAACUCUACAGAGUUGCCCAGGACGUGAAACAGCAUUGGAAUGUAGAGGAUGUCAUGCUGCUUGGUGACCUCAACGCAGGCUGCACAUUUGUGCCUCCAGGGGCCUGGCUGGGCAUCCGCCUGUGGAGUCACCCAGACUUCCACUGGCUCAUUGGGGACCAGGCAGACACCACAGUCAGCAUGAGGACCCACUGUGCCUAUGACAGGAUUGUAGUGCAUGGGAAGGCUCUGCUCCAGGCUGUUGUACCAGGUUCAGCCAGAGUCUUCAACUUCCAGAAGGAGCUGGGCAUGUCGGACGAGGAGGCACUGCAAGUCAGUGACCACUACCCUGUUGAAGUUUGCCUGCAUCUAACUCCUCAAGGACACCAGGAGCUUUGA